AUUACAGAUAAUGUUAUCUCAUAUCUAUCUGUCGUUCUAUAUACAUACAUGGCAUGUGUGCGUUAAAAAUUUCGUGAAAGUAUGUAACGCUUGCAAAGGCUUAAACAUACUAUUGUCAGAUGCAUGACGUGCCAGAUAGUAUAUCUUAUACGCAGUGAGCUCCGUUUCUGAUGUCGUGAAACAGAUAAAUUUGGCUGCUGGCCAGUAAAUUAUUGAACGAAAAACGUUUGAACGUCGAUUUACUGCGUAAACAAUGCCAUGGAUUGCUGUCCCUCUAACCGAGUUAGAAGUCCCAGGACUGAAAAAGAACUUCCAAACAUCUCUAGUCCAGAGAUGUUUGAUAGUGACAAUGAAGAUGAUAACAAGAACAAUGAAACAUUAACAAAUGAAGUAACAGUAGUAGCUAGUCCAGAGAAGCCUUCUCAGGCUGAUUUGAUUGCUAAAUCUGAUAAUAGUUUACUAAUUAAAAUUAACAAAUAUUUAAGCGGCGUACCUCCACCACCUAAACAUACAAUUUGUAGAACUGAUUGUUCAGAAUUUCUUAUACGUAUUUAUGAGAAUAAGCACCUAUUUUGUACACCAAGGGUAUUACCAGAAGAACCAUUGCAGCAAGGUAUAAACCAGGAAUUCCUGGAAAAGCACAAAGAAAAUAUCAGUACAAUUAAUUCUUAUCAGCGCAGCAAAAGCACCCUUAGAAAUUUAAGUUCUGCUUUUGAUGCUUGUGAUCCACAAUGUCAAAGUAAUGUUAGUAAUAAUAUACCUACAGUAGAUUUAAAGUCUAAUGUUUCAAGUGAUAAUUGUACAUUAAAACAAGUAGUUCCUAAUACUGAGAACAGUGUACUUAACACUGUAGAAAAUGUAGUAAAACCUUUAAACCUUGAGCAUGUACAGGCAACUACAAAUAAUAAUGAAACCAAAUUGUUUUGCACUUCUGAAAAAAAGCAAUCUCUUUUUUAUUAUACUAUUAAAGAAGAACAAGCUUCCAUUUUAACAUGGCCAGAAGCAUAUCACCACAAAUUUCAUGGAAUACACUAUAACAGAAACAAAGCAGUUGAAGAUUUUGAAAACUUUCUACCAAAACUAUGCGAAAGGUACAUAGGAGCAGAGACUCAGUCUACUUGUACUGUGUGGUUCUCUAAGCAAGCACCAGGAAGUGCCAAGAAACGAAAUCUUUUAGCUAAAUGUAAUAAUGGCCAAAGUCCAGGGAAGAGAUUGAAUCAUUUAACGAAAAGACGAAGAACAUUUUCUAGUGCAAAUUUGAAAGGAUUAAUACCUAAUAAUAAGAAGCUACUAGUGUUAAAUAUUAAGAAACCUACGGUUAAAAAAGGAAAAAGUCCGCGGGGUAAAAGUCCACGAGGCAGAAGUCCAAGGAGAACUCCGAAAAGUUCAACAAAGAAAAGAGUAGCUCGUAGGCUUGUUUUAGAUGGGCCCAGUCCAUUGAAGGCGAAAAUAGAAACGUCGAAACGUGCCCUCUUUCAAAGCUCCUCUCCGGACCGUGCCGGACCUAGCAAGACGCUUAUAAGUGGGUCAAAUCCUCAAAACAUUAAACGUGCACUGUUUAUACAGAACUCGAAGGAAAAUGAGUUCGAAGACAUUCCGAAAGUACCCGAGGAAUCGAGGAAAAGAAAGAGCGAAGAAGAAUUAGAAGGGUCGCGAUUCAAGUGGGCAAAGAGUUUAUCUUUUGACUGCCCGCAUGAAGUGCAUAACAACUCGGCACCUUCGUGGGAGAGAUACUCGUCGAGUAACGUAAUCGAAAAAAGCAAGCCAUCCGUGACUGAGGGAAGAAACGAGUUAAGCGACAUACAUAGAAAGAAAUUAUUAUGGGCGGUAGCAGAGGCUUUACGAAGCGAAGGUGUAGGCAUGAGUCAUCCAAAAUUCAAACCAUACGCUACAAACUUAGUACGAAUUAUUAAAAAACUCAUGCCUGAACUGGAAAAUAAAAAUAUUCCUCGUAAGCUAGGGAGUACAAGCGAUCGUAUGUUAAAGUUAGCAAAACAUCACGUUUUAUCUGUGAUUAAUGCAAGACCAACAGAUUGAUAAUACUCAUUGGUACAGGAAAACUUGACCCGACUUUAUGCGAAGUUUGUUAUUUAUGAUUAGAAAUAUCAAUCGUUGAUCAUUGGUAUUCGUAUGACAGGGUGGAAAAUGUAUAAACAGUGGUUUUUAUUUAACUGAAUUUAGUGAAAUACUUGUUUUGAAGUGUAUUAUAAGAAACCGCGUGAAACAUUAACGCGCGUAGUGUGAAUGUUGAAACUGCGAAAAAAUAUUUUUACUGUUUAAACAAAAAAAUGAAAGGUUAUUUUUAAUAUGCUUAUUUUUUUAUUAGCGGUAAAAUAGUAUAUAUAUAUAUUUCACAACUUAUAAAUAAUUAAUAAAAGGUGCUUCUCUGAAACAAAACAUAACUUGCAAUUAAUAAUUUUAGAAACAACGCGUUGUAUACAUGUAUAUCAAUCGUACCUAGCAUACAGUUGUAUCUAAAAUGUUAAGGGCCGAGUAAAAAAAUAAAGACUAAUCGUGUUGUACGCGCGAUACGCGUUCA